GGAUCCUACGGGGAAACGGUGCCGCUCGAAAACCGAGCGUGUGUCCGGACACGGAUGUCGAGCGGGUCCACCGCGAAUGGAUCAUCCUCUUCGAGGAAAAACGCGCGGACCGUUUAUUUGGAAGAACGCGGCGAGCCAGGCGGAGGAAGACACGAUAUAAAAACAACAGGCUCAUCGGUUCACGCGAUCAAAUGCCGGGAAGUGUUCGCCGAGCGUGGAACAACUCGAACGAUAGCCCGCAACCAUCCGUGGACGUGUGCGACGAUUACACGAGCAGAGAUGACGUCGAUCUUCCUCACCGCGAUUCUUCUGUUCUCGUUCGGCUGCUUCUCCCACGCGGCGAGCAGGCCGGACUACAUUGAAUGCCAGAGCAAUUUGGACUGCGAGGUUGGACACUGCUGUACAAUAGGGCCGAUCAGGUACAGCACCCCUCAAUGCAAACCGCUGCUAUCGGUGGGAAGCACUUGCAGGCCGGGCAGCGCUUCCACUAUCAACAUGACAGCCUCAUACCCUGACGGCACCGAAGUCCUGCUGACCGACGUUCAUUAUAUCAUGUGUCCCUGCGACAACAGUCUGUUCUGCGACCGAGGAGUCUGCAAGGAGUCGACCCACCAACACGGUUCCAACGUGCUGGUCGAUGGGAAGCAGACUCUCGAGGAUUGAUCAACACGUUAAACGCCACGUUAAACUUUUCGUUCAGGCGCGGCCGGUGCGGACUAGGUUCAUAUUACACGACCGUGUGUGUCGCUCCUUACGCGCCGAUGCGAGACUAAAUAUUUUGCUUAGGCGACAUCAGUUUCUGUUCACUCAAGGCUUGAAGAAAAGAAUAUAAUAUUUGAAAAAAGUUAAUGUAGUUUAUUAAAGCAGGGUAAACAGAGGUGUGUUUGCUUUUACGUUCAUUGCAGAAGGUGCUGACUUUGUGUUAAAUUCUUUGCCACCUUUGAACCUAAUGUUCGGGAAUUAUUAUUGUAACAUUGAGAAAACUCCGGUCCUCGAGCCGAUAUUUCGGCCGUCCGUCAGUGACGGCCGCGUCUGGGCCUGAACGGAACAAGCAAGUCGGGCUGGCACUUAACGUGUUAACGCGUUCGCUACCAGCGUCACAUGUUUGACGAUCGACGUUUCACAUCUCGUGCAAAGAAGAGUAAAUUGUAUUGCGUUCUCGGCUUUGCAACGCAUGGUAUAUUGUACAGAAAAUUGUGAAAAGAUUUGGUGUAUUUUGCUAUGUGAAAUACGUUCAACGUUACGGUAACUCAAGGUACAAGAAAAUAAGAAUGAGAAUUUCAUGGAAAAUGAUUCGAAGAGUAACCAAAGCGUUAAGUAUUCUUAAGUUAAAUGUAACGAGGAGAACACGUGUUAACGAGUGUUAAACGUGUUUGUAAACUUAUGCUUGUCUCGAUGCAAUGUGCUUGUACUGUAUAAAGUCAUCGAAUAAAAUUCAGAUACUGCGA